CGUCGACGCGCGCGUCUGAAAAACCGAUUCUACUAAGCCAUACUUUCCCGAACUUCAAAUGAAAAUACAUCCGAAAGUUUUCUGAAAUUCCCUUUCUAGUGACAAAGUAAUCAAGAAACUUCGUUUUGACUAGAUAAAAUUAAAAGUAUUAUUUUUUUCGUGUUUGCAAGGUGUUUUUCAGUGCACCCUAUUAAGUAAAGUGUUUACGUUUUUCUGAUUUUUCCGAGUGAUGUGAUUGUGAGCUUGCUAGCAAAGUGUACCGACUGAAGAACUUAUGAAGCGCAAAAUAUGUAUGACGCCAUCGUUCACGUGUGACGACGACAUGGAGGAGCUGAAUGUGGCAGCACUGUCACACCGGAAGGAGUCCGCGGCGCCGCUGACGGCAGAGCGGGACGGCGCCAUCUUCCGUCACCCUCUGUCGUACCCACUCGCUUUGGUGCUGCGACUUCGAGUUCUUCAGAUAGUAUGCGGCAUCUCAACUUUGGUCAUGGGAAGUGUCGCCUUUAUAGAAGAGAGGCAGAAGUUCAACAUGGGGCUCGGCAUACCCGCUGGGAGUCUCAGCAUAGUAGCCGCUGCGGUGUCAAUCCACACGUCGCGCGGCUGGGGGGUGUCCAACGGAGCCAGCGCUGGCGUGGCGGCGGCCGUGCUGUGGGCGGCGUCGGGCUGUCUGCUGGUCGCGCUGAUGGUGCAGUGCUCGCGGACUAUACUGGACCCGCCCGGGUUCAAUCAUGGGGACGGACCCGACGAGGAAGCGAAGCCGUCGUCACGUGACCUGGUCGUUAUAGCGUUUGUGCAAAUCGCUCUCGCCGCCGCUACGCUCCUCAGUGCGGUGGUGUGCGCUCGCAUCGACUGCAGCGCAUGACGCGAGCCUUCGGGCCCGCUCGCGCGCCGCCGCGUCAGCGAAGGCCCCGCCGCCCCGCCCGCGUCCGCUCCCGCCGCCGCUCCGCCUGACACAGAGCGCGAGAAAGUUGGACGUGUUGCCUGGCUUAUGUAGACUUUUGUUAUCUGGAACUACUGCUAUGAGUAUAUAGUGUCACCGCGUUAGUGAAGUGCUCCGCGACCUAGUCAUCUCCGCCGUCAUCGCCGCUCCUUCAGUAACAGAGUGUGAAAGACUGGACAUGCUACCUAUACCUUAUAUGUAGACAUCUAUAAUCUGGAAUCAGUUCUUUCUAUCAUCACCUAAGCGAAGCCCUGGCUCCGCUCACGCCGCCGCUCUGCCUGACACAAAACGCGAGUAUUUGACGUGUCUGGCUCAUGUGACUCUUUUUAUCUGGAACUAUUUCUACAUAUUGCUACUAACGUGUCAUCGCGUCAGCGAAGCGCGCUCCUCGGCACCCGCGUCCGCUCCCGCCGCCGCUCCGCUUGACACAAAACGCGAGAAUUGGACGUGUUGUCGGCAUAUGUGACUUUUUUAUCUAGAACUUUUUCUACAUAUUGCUACAUAUCGUGUCAUGGAGUCAACGAAGCGCGCUCCUCCGCUCCCGUCGCCCAUUCAUAUAUACGAGUAUAACCUCCAUAACUGCACUGCAAAACUCUUAUACGACUGGUCAUGCAUGAGUUACCUUAUAACUUGGAUAUCCUGGUUAUGACUUAUUGCACGGAUCCAUAUAAAAAGUUUAUAAUUUCUAAAUUGGUUUAGUGGUGCUAACAUGCGAUCAGAGUGAAGAGAAAUAGACAAAAUAUAGUCUAAAUGCGACAAAGCUGUUCCAUCUCUUUUGUCACAACGCAAUGAAAGAUAGCGGUAUUUCCGGUUCUACCGCCAUUGGUUGAAAUUUGUCUAUUUCUAUUCACGAGAUUAUCCUGGUGGUCGCAUAUUUGCCGCUUUUUUGAAAAUUUAACAGUUUUUAAUUGAAAAAAAAAUUGGCUGGCCCUUCACAUCGAUUUAAAAGAACAAACUUCCAUACACAUCUCUUUUUUCAUUCUCCCCUUUAAUUUUACUUUCUUUUAGGUUUAUUUCCAAAAAAAUUAAUGUCUAAACCUUACUGACAAAUCUUUAUCUGUGUUGUCUGCUAGCAUCAGUAGUUUGGGCUGAUAAAUCAGUCAGCCAAUUAUCCUUUUAAACAUUACCAUUAAACUUGACUAUCCGGACCUCAGUUGUUCUGAUUAUCCGGACAGCCAACCGUGACCGCAACUAUUUACGUAUGAAUAAGGACAUGUUUACACAGACAGCGUUAAUUAUCCGCAGUCCGCGAGCUGUCUGCCCAAUGCAAACCAUUAAAUACCUUUCCUAUUGAUUUAACAAUCGGAAUACCAGAUUUCAGUUAUUCGCAUUUUAAGCUAUAUGAAUUAGUGUUCCAAAAGACUCGAGUCUUUUAGCUCUUUUUUAAGACUCUCAUUGUAUUUAGGCUACUUGAAGGCCUAAUGUAGAUCCGACUUUAUACUGUCGUAAGUAUCCUGUAACUCAUGUGUUAUUUUAUUGUGGUAAACGCCUUCGUGCGUUACUGAGGAGAUGAAACUUUAUCCAUAUCAACUGAGAUUAAUAAUUAAGUGAACAUUAAGAAACUUUGUGCACGUAUAAUGUGUUUUAAUGGUCUUAGUUAAGUAAUUUCAGCACAUUACUAUGUAAUACUUAGUAAGUGUAUACAGUCGAAUGUUUGAGUUGAGUAACUUAUUGUACAUAGUUUAGUAGAAAGAAAUAUAUUUAUACUUAAUAUUUAAUAUUAAUACUUAUACUUACAUCAAUUUCAUUUCAAAUAUUCUUAUAUAAAUUAUGAAAUACGUACAAAUACGUAAGGAAUAGUAAAAUAUUGUAAAUAGUAUUAUGUAUUUAAUUAAUAAUAAUUGUAAGUAUUUAUUUUUUAUUAGAUUUAAAGGCAUGUUCCCACUUGCCGGAUCCUUUUACCUACACCAAAAGAAAAUGUAUUUUAAUUUAAGCUAAAGACUUGUCUUGAAUAUUGACACUUGACUGAUACUAGACUCGUUGAGUUGUGUCUAACUUUGAAUUGUUGCUAAAAUAAAGUAGAAGUUUUGUAACUAAAUCAAUUAAUAAAGUCUUAAUCCUUUUAUUUUUAGUGUCUAUAUACUGGGUAUACUAUAUAUUUUCUAAACAAGUUAAUAAGUAAUUUAACAUAUUUAAAUUACUUAAUAUAGUUAUGGUACAAUAGUAUAUGAUAUAAAAACGAAAAUACCUUAACACAGAAUAUUCUCCCACUAAAACCCUACCUUUUACCAGUCAUACCUUGUACAUCCGGCAAGUGAGAACCGUCCCUUAUAUUAAAAAAAUAAUGUAUUUGUAUUUACGUAAUGUUGUACUUAUAAACCUACUUUCAAUGUUACCUUUUAGAAUAAAAGUAAAUGUUUUCUGUGUAUAUGUGACCUAAUUACAAUAAUGUUAAUAAUUCUCAGCUAAAAAACUUAUACCAAAUCAAACCCGCUUUCAAUGGUUCGCUCCACGAAUGUACUUACUCAGAGAUCUUCAGUACGAGAGGAAUAGCGACGGUGCACAACUUGCCACCACCCCUGAAGUGACGACCACUACCAUAUGUUUUCUGUGCCACUACUCUAUCAUGAGUGUAGCGACGAACAACAAAAAAUAAACUUACAAUUUCUCAAUUCAUUCUGUUCUGAUGUGGCUGUGGUCCAAAUUUGAGAAAUCCAUAUAAAUAUUUGGGUAAUCCAUAUCUGCUGUAAGAUAAUUUCAUUUUAUUUUUUUGUCUCUGAUUGUCUUACAUAUACGUAUAUAGUUACUCAAUUUUACUAACAAUAUUAUGUAAGCAAAAUUUCUGUAGUCACGGUGAUGAAGUAUUAAAACACAAGAAUAUCUCUGAAAUUACUAAGUGUCCAAUUUUAACAGCGUCACUUACCAUCAUAGGAAACCAAGUACUUCACUGCUACCGAAUAACUCGUAUCUAGCUGGGAAUUAAAGAAUAACAAGUCACUCGCCUGCUUUAUAUUACUUUUCAUACAUAUUUUCUGUUUUCUUUUUAAAUAUUGAACUUGUAUUUUUGUAAUAAAACAUUUUGUUCAAAUAGAUACAA